UAAAACCAAGGUAAGAAUCAGCUGAAUUUUUGAAACGGAGUAAGGUCUCUAAAUUUUCUUGCGAUUAAAGUGUUUGUAUCUGCUGUUGAUAGGAUUGUUGUAAGUUCAAAUAAGUUUGGAUAAUACGAGGAAGUAUCUUUCAUAAGAGUUGUGUCAUUUUAGUUAUUUAGCUUUGGCAAAAAACGUUGUAUACUUUACAUACAAAUCGUAGGCCAGGCUAACCCCGGUCAAUCAAGGACAUUUCCUGUUUCCAAACAAACUAAGCUAAGCAGUGUUGAUUCGAUGGCGCUCAAUGUUGUGUCCCUCCACCAUCAACAAAAGGACAGCGAUUAUUCUUUAUCGUCAAGUUUUUUAUCACGAAACUCUUUAAUGCAUUGUUUUAGUAGUUCGACACACAACAUUAUUUUUUUCUAAGCUGUUUGUAUCCAACCUUAAUUUUCCAAGUGAUUGAUUCCUAAUUUUAAAAAUUUUAGUCAGCAACCAAUCGGACGACUUGCCAUCGAUCGAGUCUUCUCAGUCAAGCAGUAUCAUUAUCAGAAGAUUCGGCUUACCAUUGCACUAAUCAGAAGCCUAUACUAAGCCUACCAAAAAAGAGGAAUAAUUUAUUUAAGUUUCUGUUAUCAAGGUUUAAAAAUGAAGCUUUUGGACAACUCCAAACUUGAAGCAAUCAGUGAAGCACUGACUGUUGAGACAGGUGAUUGUAAAAUAUCAGGAAAAGUGGAAAGCUAUUCUUGUAAGAUGGCUGGCAACGAUAAACGGUUGUUCAAGUUGAUAAGCAGUGAGAAUGGCCAGUCACCGAAUGAUCUGCAGGCUCUCUCCCCUCCCCAGUCGGGAUUCUCACUCAGUCCAGGCCAGAUGCUGCAGCUAAGCAACAGUAACAGUGGAGAGGAAGCUUCAGGACCGCUAUGUCAUACUUGUAGUCGCAGAAUGAUAUUCUAUUUGAUCGCUACACUGAAUGCAUCAUUUCAUCCAGAUUAUGAUUUUAGUGAUGCUAAGAGUCACGAGUUCAGCCGCGAGCCCAGUUCAAAUUGGACUGUGAAUGCUGUUGAUACCAAUUUAUACUCCGUUCUUGGUGAAAUGUACACAGGGCUCAAGUCUAAACUCUGGUCAGCUAUCAAUGAUGAGAUCCAAUUAAAUGAAUGCGAGGUCUACAGUUACAACACAGAUCUUGAAUCGGAUCCAUUCGGUGAAGAGGGCGUCCUCUGGUCAUUCAACUACUUCUUCUACAAUAAGAAACUGAAACGAAUUCUGUUUGUUACCUGUAGAGCCACCAGUAAAUCUGCUAUUGCCAGUGGGGAUUCUGGGAUUGGCUUUGACCUGCAUGCAGAUAAUGAUUAUGAUGACCUUUACGUGGAAGACGAGGACGAGUAUGAAGAAUAUAAUCUCGGACAAAGGUCAACAACUGCAGUGAAUUAGAUACUGAUGGCACAAUAAUGGGAUGUAGAAGAUAGGCAAUUGCGAUAGGACAACAAGCUAGGCUUUAUGCUGUUUUAUAUUAUUAUCAAUAUUUUAAAUGCACGAUUACCAAUCGCUUUCAGUAGAUAUUGCAGUUUUGUGAAUUUUCAGCUUAAAAUAGUUUGAUGUUAUUUUUUGGAAUUAUUAAUCUAACAAUGUUCAUUUUAAAUCUGUCUGUAAGGCUUUAUUGAUAUAUCCGCGGCAGCAAAAUUGAGUUAAUUCAAAUUGUUGACGUGUCGUGUUGCUCAUGUACAGUAAAAAAUUUUAUCUCAAGAUGUACUGUAACACUUACAGAUAUUUUAUAAAAUGAUGUUGACAAUAAUAUUAAUAGUGUUGAACCUAAAAUGCAUAUUGUUGAUCAUGAGACCACUACUACUUGACAUAACAAAAAUAAUAGUGUCCAGCCAAAAACAGCCUGUCUUUCUUUAAUGACCACAUAAAACAAUUUUAAACACAAGAUAAUUCGGUUGCCUGACCGUCAAGCUAAGCGUACAUUGUCUUUGCAGCUCAACUGAUAUUUAGCAACUGGACAGCAACUGCAAAUCGUGCAAUUUGAGAAGACAUAAGCACACAAUUUGCAAUUCUAGUUGCACAAUCUUGGCUAAAGGUUGACAUAAGUGCUACCAGUAACUAAUUAAGUCUGUUCAAUUCGCAAGGGUAACACACUACACUGUAAGCUUAGCUUUUGAUUGUCAGUUCAUUUAUUGCAUUAAUACAUUAAUGCUUUUCAAUAUUAUUUCAGAGUGUACAGGCAAAUUUAUUUUCGUAUGUAUAACAAUUGUUGGUCUUUUUUCACAGGUUUCUGCACAUAUUGUAAUUUAGUGGUUGGUGAAUUGAUCAUAUUAAUUACACUGUUGUGUUCGUAAUGUGUGGUUUUUAUAUAUACUGUACUGUAAUAGUUGGAUAGUACAGUACUACUUUUUACACCAGAUCAUUAGACUUGUAUAUACUUGUGGAGUUUGUAUACUUAUGUAUUUAUAUUAUCACUUGAGUCUAAAGUAAAAUUUGAGGGAGACCCAUGUGUAAUGAAAGGGAUGGUUGUUAGAAUUAAAAGAAUGUAAAUUUUGUAAAUAACUGUUUAAAUUUGGAGUUACAUAUAUUGUAAGAAACUACCCUGUAUAUAGCUAUUCGAUACAUGGUCCUUACUUUGCCAAAUCACUUGGUGAUGUUGAAGUAUACUCAUGUUUAUUUAUGAUCUAUGAACUUUGAUAUAUGACCUAUGACCUCUAACAUAGGUUGUUUGCAAAUGUUCAGAUAUUUUGCCACUUCACUAUUUAAACACUAAUGACUUGUAGAAACAGUGCAAUAAUACUUACAGCUUAAAUAUGAAAGACAAUAACAAAUAACCUUUUCUUAUCUAUUGCUUAUGGACUGUACAUAGCCAAGGAAUACAUUAGAGCAGUUACUUUAGUAAGAUGUUAAAUUAUCUCUGGUGGAUCCGGAGAUGUCUAAAGGGGGGGGGGGGCUGGUCAAAACAACACUACCCUAGGGGGGUAGUGUUGUUUUUGUUUUCUAUACGCCCAAAAAGAACCUCUGAGGCAUUUUAGGCGAUAAUUUUUUUUUUUAUCUUUCUUUUUUUUACUUUCCAAAGGUGAAAAGUUUCCCCCCCCCCAAAUCUGCCCUUGAUUAUGGAAGGUAAUUAGAAAUGUCAAGGAUUGUUCCUUGCAUAAACUUUAUGUAGUUGUUGAACAAUAUGCAUGCUUCUUGUUUGGUUUGAUUCUGUUGUGUGCCCUACUCAAAUCUGUGAUUACAAAAUGUUUUGGUUUUCUGUGGCUUAUGUUAUCUAUCGGUUUCAUAACAACAAUUUAUUUGGAAUUUCACUUUUGAAAUGGAUUAUAAAUAUGUGGCACCCUGAGAUGUUAUUUAUAGCACCAGCUUUAAAUAUGUAACAUCUUGAAGUUAUGUACAAGCUGGUGCUAUAAAUAACACCUGGAGAUUAUAUUUAUAGCACCAGCUUUAAGUAUGUAAUAUUUUUGAAGUUUCUGAGUGCUGCCUUCUAUUUUGUUAUUGUUGAAACUAACACAGUUAUACUGUACAACUACAUUUCUCACUUUUGAAACAGUGGUAUUCGACACUUAUUAUUAAAAUGUUCCUUGGGAAUGUUUAUUUCUGUACAAGCUAACAUAAGUUGAUUCACAACAUGUUUACACAUGUGAUUAUAUUUAAUACUGUACUGAUUAAAGUUAUUGCUUCUUCAGAGAAUUGCA